GUGACAUUUGCUGCAAGGAGCUAGUUUAUGAACAGCUAGCCGGAUAAAUAUGAAGAAAUAAGGAAGAGAAACAGAAAUUCUUUAACUUGAAAGCGGAAGUUUGGGUUAAACUUUAUUACCGUACACAUGACAGAGGACAGUUAAUUUUAAAAGUAGCGUUAGGUAAAACUUUCUGUCCAGUUAAAGCCGUUAAAUAGUGAGCUAACGCUGUCUCUUAACUUGUACUGUCAGUGUAAUGAGUUCGAGUUCAGCUGGUGUUCUGGUUUUCUCCUCUGAGAUGUUUAGAUUCACCGCAAAGCCGCGAUUAAUUUAGUUUUCGUGUUGAAUUAUGGGUAAAUUAUAGCGCUUCUGCAGACUUGUCUAACUGCGUUUUGCACACAAGGUUAAAAUUAGCUUUAGCCUGCUAGCUGCUCACUCCCCCUUUGCUGCAGUUUUGUCACUUUCUUAUGCUGACUCUUCAGGCCAGGUGUGCUGAAAGUAGGCCAGGUGUGCUGUGGGAUAGAUAGGGAGGAGUGCAAGUGGCUUCACCACAGUGUGUUUGACCAGGUCCUACUGUCUUCUUCAGGGAUUUUCUUACUUUAGUGGAGUCAGAGCUGGGAACAUGCUGCUGUCUUUGGUUGUGCACACUUACUCGCUGCGUUACUGGUUACCAGCCACGAUCAUGCUGGGAACAGCCCCGGCUUAUCUGCUGUCAUGGGGAGCAUGGAGGUUACUUUCAACUGUCCUCCCAGCCAGGCUCUAUCACAAAUUAGACGACCGGUUGUACCACAUCUACCAGAGUAUGGUCCUCUUCUUCUUUGAAAACUAUACAGGAGUGGAGAUUGUCAUCUAUGGAGAUAUACCAAAGACCAAAGAGAACGUCAUCUACCUGUCUAACCACCAAUGUACAGCGGACUGGAUCAUUGCUGACAUGCUCGCCAUUAGGCAGAGAGCUCUUGGCCAUGUCAGAUACGUCCUCAAAGAUGGACUUAAGUGGCUCCCGCUGUACGGGUGGUAUUUCUCUCAGCAUGGAGGAGCAUACGUGAAAAGGAGUGCGAAGUUUAACGAGAAGGCGAUGAAGAAGAAGCUUCUCACUCAGACUCAAUCUGGAGCACCAAUGUACCUCGUUAUCUUUCCAGAAGGAACUCGUUAUAACCCAGAGCUGCCCAACGUUAUCGCUGACAGUCAGGCUUUUGCUGCGAAAGAAGGGCUGGCUGUCCUGAAGCACACUCUAACACCCAGAAUGAAAGCCUCUCACAUAGCCAUCGACACCAUGAAGGACCACCUGGAUGCGGUGUAUGACAUCACUGUGGCCUAUGAGGGAACGCUGGACUCCUCCGGUCAUAGAAAACCAGCCCCAUCUAUGCCAGAAUUCCUGUGCAAAGAAUGUCCCCGAGUCCACAUACACUUCGACCGCGUGGACAUAAAGGAAAUUCCUUCGGAGCCACUGUUCUUCCGCAGGUGGCUGCACGAGCGUUUUGAAAUCAAGGACCGGCUGCUGACGGACUUCUACGAGUCAGAGGAUGCCGACAAAAUAUGCAAGUUCCCUGGGGAAGGCAAACCUUCUCCUCUAAACCUCUCUAAAACCCUCCCGUCAGUGAUGAUUCUGGGGGGGCUCACACUGCCAUUACUGCUGACGGAGAACGGCAGGAAAGUGUACGUGAGGACCUGGGUGUACGGGACGCUGCUGGGCUGGCUGUGGGUGAACGUUUUCCCUUAACGAACAGGCCCAGAGGCUGCCGCAAUGACACGCACAACAGACAUGGGAGAGGACGCGCCGAUUUCUUCCUGCAUCACUUCAACACGGGGGCGUGUUCAUGAUGCAGAGCUGCAGCGUCUGAGGAGAGGCUCGGGGAUUCAUCCAACAUGUCUGGCUCAUUGGUGAACUUGAGCUGAAAGCUAAACGGGGAUGGGGAGGAAGGUUGAGCUUUUUGUGCUACGUGUUCCCUCGCGUUUUUGGAUUCGCAGCCUGAAAUGAAGAGAAAACUUGAGGAUUUGUUGAAAAGUUAUAGAUUAAUUAAAAUACCCAAUAUGAUCUCUAUUAUGAAAUAGAUAAAAUAUUUAAAUGCAUAUUCUAUUUAUCUUAAGAUAAUUUCCCCUUCAUUAGAUUUAGCAAAAUUAGUGCUCAUGCAUGCUCACUUUCCAUCCAACAUUGGCCACUUUUAAAGCUCUUAUGACAUUUAAAGCGUAGAGUACUUCAAAAAAAAUUCAAUGAUCAAAAUCAGCUACUGUGUGGAAGCAGCACAGUAAUAGAUCAUUGAAUAUUAAGUGCACUGACUCAUUGACAUUGGUUGCAAUGCUCUCUUAUGUCUGCCAAGUCCCACAACAGGACAAUAAUGCACUUUGCUCAUUUAAAGUAAAUUAUUUUUACAUUAGUAGAACAAAUAGAGUAUACAGUCUUCUUUGGGAGCUCAUAAACAUGACACCAGCUGCUUUGUUUACCAUAAAUACUCAUAAAACUCGAUAAUGAAUGUAGCUGCAAAAACGUCUAUCUGUAUGUGUUUCUUUUCAUUUCCAACGUCCAAUAUAAUGACUUAACUCAUGAAAAUUGUUAAACAUUUUAGUCUUUGUCGCUGCUUUUCCCAUUGUAAGUCCCUAAAGACGAUGUGUGUUAAAAAAAGAAAAUGUUCUACUAAUGUAAAAUAUUCCUUUAACCUUAAAAUGUCAGUCGUUGCCAAAAUUUGGUGUAUUUACUGAGAUGUUUGAGUGUUUUAAGUUGAGCAACACUUUUGAUGCCAGCAAAGAACCCUCCUGUCUUUGUUAGUUUUGAGUUUUAUCAGAUUAGAUUCAUACAGUUUGUUCUUAGCUCCACAUCCUUUAAAUGCAGUUUCUCCUUCGUUCCAGCUCACAUGAAAGUAUCUACUAAGCAAAAAAUCAGCUGAUAAAGCCAUGUAAAGUUUAUCACAGGUUCCUGUGCACUCAAAGCCAUUUGUAUUAUAAUUACCACUGUAUUGUGUAAUGCACUGUUUGUCUGUUAUUGUUGUUUACCGUAAAAACCAUUGCAUUUUCCACAAGUCACUUUACAUAUGUACCGUCUCGUCUUCCUCUAAAGUUAGUCUUUGAUACGUUCCUAUCAUGCCGAUGGUUCAGAUAAUCUCAUGGUUUUUACAUGUCGCUCCGAUACCUCACUUGAAUAAUCCUUCCUCGUUCUUAAACGACCCUUGUCAGCCAUUUUAUAGUCAUUUUUAUCCUGACAAGAUCAGACUGUAACUCAUCAGGAAUCUAUGUAGACAGUAUUUAAAAGCCAACGGAUUUUGGAAAUGUGUGCCUUCUCUUUGGAGGAGUCGGUCCUCAGCCCUCACAGGGGGUCCCAGUAGCUCUUUUCCACCAGGUGACUACAUGGAGGCGCUCUGCUGCUCACCGCAGCGUGUGGUCACACUGUCUACUCUUCAUAGUGGCUUAUUUUGCUCUAAGAAUGCAUUUAUUACACUUUUUGAGGACUUAUUAAAUGAUGAAACCUUUAAUGUGUGUAUGUUUUGGAAAUGGGAAUCAGAGUGAAAUAAAGUAGUUUUUUCUUUG